AUGGACUCGCAUGAACGGAGAACCUUUCAAGAUCCCACAGGACCAUACCAACUCCCAAACGAUGCCCCAGAACAUGACCGCCUAGACGCCCAGUCAGCCUCCAUAAUAGCCCUGAUGAACAACAAGCCCAUCCACGCUCCCCUCUCCUCUCCCAAGAAGAUCCUAGACAUAGGCUGCGGAACAGGCGCAAUGACCGUGAUUCUCGCAAAGCAAUUUCCCCAAGCCCAAGUCAUCGGCAUAGACAUUGCUCCCGUACCCGCAGACAGACACGGCCAGACGCCUUCCAACGUGACCUACAUCCAAGGAGACAUCCGCCAACUCAUCAACUCUCAAGAUCCAAACUUUCAAGCCGCCUCCUUCGACUUCAUCUUCGAACGACUAUUAAUCCUCGCCCUCACCGACUGGCCAGGCCACAUUUCCGCCAUCUCCAGUCUCUUGAAGCCGAACGGCUGGCUAGAGUGCCAAGAAUUCGAGUGGACAAUCUACGCAGCUUCGGGAGAGCGACCUAUGGAAUCUAUGGAAGCUUACGCAGCAGUUGUAGCGGACUCCGAAAAGAUUGGCCUGAACGUCAACAUUGGAAGAGAGUUGCCUGAAAUUUUCCGCUCAGGUGGUGGGUUCGGUGAGGUAAAGCAUGAGAUUUACGAGUGUGCUCCUCAUGAACGUGUCGAUAGGCCGGAACUCAUCGGGUUGGAGAGGCAGAUUCCUGAUCUGUGGAGGUUCAUGAUCGGGAAGAUUUGUAGCGGGAAACGAAGCGAGGAGGAUAUCGCCAAGUAUCAAAGGGAGUUUAAUGAGAUGUGGACGUCGAAGCUUGAUGGGACGGAAAGGCACAGAAUGCACGUGGUGAUUGGGCAGAAGAAGUGA